GCUUGGUCGGCUUGGGCCUCAAAUUUUAGAGGCCAUAGCGGAGGCUGCGUCCUGCAAAGUGUCGAAGCAGAUUGUGUUGUCUGAAAAACUUGCCCUAACUUAAAUUUAUUUAUUUUUCUCAUCCCCUACGACGCUCCGCAGGACGCAGCCUCCGCUAACGCCUUAGGCUCAGGUGACACCGUGACAAGAGUCAAUCCUACGAAAAUUAAGGAUUCCUUCUAGUGAGUUGAGGACCUGAGGUUUUCUGUAGCAAUGAUCAAUCAAUCACUGCUACUAAAGUUGAUUCCUCAUCCUGAAAUCAAGAAAGGACACUCUUCUUAGGAUCUGGUGAGGUUAUUUGCCUUGAACUCGAAUCAGAUCAUUGCAUAUUGAGGACACUAUUCUUAGGAUCUCUUGAGGUAUUCAGGUUGCCACCGAUUAAUGAGAUGCCUCGAAAGCCAGCAAGACGACGCCAAUUAUUGAAAGCUCAGUCGGUCACCUUCUCCCCAUUUGGUCGUUCAGUCGCUCGAGUUGCCUCUGCUUACAAGGUCAAGCGUCACACCCAUAACUCCAAGGUCCGCAGAAAAUCAUCCCCCGAAUCUACAGGUAAUGGGUUUAUCGAUUAUGCUCUUGCUAAUAGGAGUGAACAAUCUGAUUCUUCUGACGAAGAAGAGUUCGAUGGAGUUGUCCAAGCAGAUUUCGCUUUCUUUGAUCCAAAACCUGAUGACUUCCACGGGGUGAAGGUGUUGCUGCAAACAUACCUUGAUGAUAAGGAGUGGGAUUUAAGUGGUUUUGUAGACUUAAUAUUGGGACAAACAACGGUAGGGACUGUUGUUAAAGUAGAGGGAGACGAAGAUGAUGGAGUUUACUCUGUUGUUACUGCCCUUAACUUGGGAAGAUACAAGGAUCAUAAGUGUGUUAUGGAGCUCAAGGAGUUCCUGCUUGAAGUAUGUCAGGAGAAGGAUGUUCUUCAUAACUUGAGAUCACUUGUGGGACAGCAAGCACAGAGUGUGGGUCUCUUAGUUUCUCAGCGUGUUGUCAAUCUUCCUCCACAGCUUUUGCCACCUCUUUAUGAUGCCCUCUUUGAUGAAGUAUCAUGGGCUACCGAAGACGAGCCGACAAAGGAGCUCCAAAAUUCCUUUUGCUUUAGGUUUUACCUGCUGGUCUCUAAAAUCUACAAGCACAAAAGUGCAGACCAGAAAAAGAUGGCUAGUAGUAGUAGCAAUGAUGAAGCUAUAAUAUAUGUUAAGCCUGAAGAUGAAAUUUUUCACAAGCUCAGCUUGUGGUCUUUCAGUUUUCCAUUGCGCACUCAGCAGCAUGUACCUCAUGAGCUAAGAAGUUACAGGCUAAUGGGUUUAGUCAUGGUUGUUGAAGCAGACAAGGUUUCUACAUUCCGACAACAAUUGCAAUCUUUGAUAAAUGAAUCAUGAAACCAUCAGAAGGUCUCCAAGGUGCCAGUUCUGAUGUGUCUUUGUACUUUUCUCGCACCACAGGCGCAAAAGGAUUCAUCUGAUCCAAGACCUACCCGAUAUCUGCUGGCCAUUUGGUAAAAUUGUAGCCAGAAAUUACUUUUUUAUUUCGUAGUGUACCUUAUUAAUUAGAAAGUUUUAAUAGGGCAUGAGAAAAUUUUUGUUUACCCUCGUUGGCCUUUGAAUUUUGAUAAACAGACGGCAAAGACUUUGUAGACUUAGUAGUGCCUCUUAAGGACUCGAUAAAAAAAUUGAGCCCCAAAUUUUGUUAUUACUUAUUGGCUGUCACUUAGUUAAAUAGAGAUGCUUCAUGGAGAAUUCUGUAUGAA